GUCCGUGUUCGUGUCUAUCCAUGGGGCAUGGUGGAAACAGAAAACCUGGAACACAAUGACUUCUCUGCCCUUAAAACUCUAUUGUUAAACACCCACAUGCAGGAUCUGAUCGAGGUGACGCAUGUUCUACACUACUCUAAUUAUCGAGCAAACAGGUUGACUGGCAUCGCUGAGGCUGGUCGUUUCACGUCGCGCGAUGGACGUGACCCUUUAGCUCAGUUGGAAGCGGAUCGAAUCGAGCAUCAGUCUAAGCUGGCCAAGUUAGAGCAAGAAAUGGAGGCCGUUUUUGAGCAAAAGGCAACUACGAUAAAGAUAAAAAUAUCGCGGUUACAUUUUUUUAUCGAUUUUAUUUACACCGAAUUCAUCCUUUUCUUUUUCUUCCUGGAAUCGGUGCGCGAGCGGGCCACCAAGCUGGCUGAGACAGAGCGUAAUCUGAAAGAACAUGCGGGCCAGAUGCAGGCUGAUCUAGCCCAGAGAAUGGUUGAGCUCGACAUUCAACGACGGCAGUUUGAGGAAGAGCGUUCGGCCUGGGAGGUUGCUAAUAAAGAGUCAUUCGAGCACCUAUACCUGGUGCCUCCUAUUGUGGCUGGCUUUCGUCGAGCCCUUCAUCUUUUCGAGUCUAGCCUACAAAAUCCGCCUCGGCCAGCUUGGCCCUUGCGUAAAACUAGUGAUCUACCGUCUAUUAACAGUGAUCGGCCAUCAACUGGCACUCUUUCUACAUUAAGCCGGCCUCCAUCGCCUUUGGCAUCGGGCCGUCACCAAUUUACUCUAAACAAGAAGCAGAAUUUUUCUGAUUCCUCAUGUUCCAUAGUCACCACAUCAGCUCUAAAUGAUGGAAUUUUGCAAAUAUUACCACCAUAUGAAAAUUCGGAAAAUUAUAGUACGCUGGUAAAAUCUUUUCAUGAUUCCCUUAGAAGAUCCCCCUUAAAUAAAAGGGCUGAAACGCCGACUACUUCAGAUGCUAGCAUAGAGCCUUUCUUGUCGAUAAACUGUCCUGCGGAUGGAGAUUGUAAAUCUGAAUUUCCAUUAGACCAUUCAAAGUUUAUUUCCUCGGAGGAAACUGCACCAUGUCGCCCACUAUCUGGGCCUUCGAAAUGGCCAUUUGCUAAAAAAACCGAGCCUCAGCUCUGUGAACCUUUGAACCCUUCCUAUUAUAAGAGAUAUGACCUACCGAUUAUCGGCACUGAUAAUGAUAUCCGAGCCGGAGGUCUUCCAGUUUCCUUAGCUAGGAGGAGGCAACGCCAUUUGCGCCGGUCUAGAACCAUGAUGCUUCGUCCUCGAUUCAAUUUGACCCAUGGCCGACAGACCAAUCCUGAACUAAUCCGCAAGCAAACUAGAAUCAGACGGCCAAUUGACUCUUGCCGUCGUCAGCGCAAGUCUCGAAGCUGUCUUAAUUUGACUGCUAAUUCAUUCAAUGGAUGCGGUGUUCGUAGUGUUAGAAGUACGGCAAGUGAUACAGACAGUGAUAGUGCUAAUGGCAAAAAAAGCCUUUUUUGUUCUGUCCCUUUGGAAAAGAGAGCUUCAGUCGUUUUUCCAUCGGCUCCAUCAUCACCAUUGCCUCCGUCACCGACACAACCUAGUUUUGCUCCAUUAUCCUCUUUGGAGGCAUCUAAUCUCAAUUUCUACUCUUCAUUAUGCCGACAAGAUAUGGUCCCUCAGUCAAGUUUCUCUGGCAUCACUGUCAACCAGAGAACAAUAACCGGACAAUCAUUUGUACGCAGCUUUCCAUCUCGUCUAUCAGCGUGGCUACGGGCGCCUACAUAUCAGUUAACGGAUAUGCCAGCAAAUUAUCUGUGCGAUGCUAAAUCUUCUACUGGAUAUCGAUUUAAAACUGCUCUUCACCGGAAGGAUGAUACUCGUCUUCAAGAUAUAGGAAAACCAACACCAUCUUCUAAUGAGCCUUAUGAUUCCAGCUUUCGCCAAGUUGAUAUGAAACCUGUUAAUAGGCCAGAGUGGAGGGGAUCUGCUUAUACCCUGGAUCCAAGUCGACUCGAGCCACUUCCAGGUUUCGCCUACCAUGGUGUUCCUUUCUCCUUAUUAGAUCCGAUCGUCUUGCGUCGUGACCAAGUCAAUUGCUCUACCUGUCUGAAUUCGGUAUCCAUCCCCUUGACUUCUAAUCUCCAUCACUCUCACUUAUAG